ACAUUGUACUUCUGAAUCUGUUUGCAGAGCCUCAUGGACACACACACAAGCAUGCACAAAAUCAUUCGGGUUAAGAUGCAGGCACAUGUGUGUAACAGAAAUGUUCUUGGCAUGAUCGUGGUUCAUUAACUUCAUACUCUUGGUCUUAUGGUCUAUUGGUGGACUUUGGACUUGAAGGGAAUGGGAGGCUGGACCAGAAAAGGCAACUCUUUGACGAGAGGGAGCAGAAGAAUGGGAUAGAAGAAGCAAAAGGCAAAGCAGCACUUCACGUUGAGGAGAUGGACUGAGGCAAGACAGAGAGGACAAAAUAGUGGAUGGACAUGGGCAGAGAGCGACUUACCUGGGGAUUGCUGCUGCGUGUGGGGAUUCUGCUCACGGCUGUGUGUGUGUGCAUUCAUGUUUACCUGGAGAGGGGUCAGUGGGGAACACCUGCACCCCUGGCAUUGGGACAUCCUACCCAUUCUAGUCAGGACUGGGUCCAACAAAGCAGGACCAAACAAGUCUCUGCAGAAGCAGAGGAGCUGGGCAGAAGCAUUAAAAGGAGAAUCUCCUAUGUUCGAACACUAAAAAAGGACAGCCCAGCUAGGAAGAGGGAUGCAGACAGAAAAGACCCCUCAACCCCAUGCUGCCCACCCCCCCGUCCACACAGAAAGCAGACUCCUCGGUGGCAUAUAGACUUGGAGCCCUGGGCCAGUGAAAGUCAUUCUCUGGAGGAUGAAGCUAAAAGGUUCCUCAACUACAUCACAACACCACAAGUGUCGUGUGCAUCGCUGGCCAUUGAGGAAGAUGCUCAAGAGAGGACCAAGGGUGAUUGGGCUGCGUGUCUGGACCCCAAGUACAGCCUGACUCACAGAAUACAAAGCAAACACUGCAGGGUUUACUCUUUUGGGUUGGGUGUGGAUGAUCGGUCUCUGGAGCAUACUCUCACAAGAGCGGGAUGUGAGGUCCACCUCUUUGAUCCCAGUCUGAAGCAGCCUCACUCACAGCAGGCUGAAAUGUGGCUCCAUCGGCUCUCUGUAGACUGGAGGGAUCCCAACCCGGCCAUUGUCGUCCAGCGUCAGUACGUCAGCACCAAGAAACUGGCCAGCAUCCUUAAUGACUUUGGACAUAGACAGGUGGAUGUACUGAAGGCGGAUAUGGAGAGCGCAGAGUGGAAGAUUUUGGAGAAUUUGGUCCUGGAAGGGGUUCUGGACUCAGUGGGUCAACUGCUGUUGGAGCUUCACCUGCACUGGGCGGGCUUUGAGGUGGGCGGCGAUGACCCGUCCGUGGUGCGGUACUGGUUCAGCCUGCUCAAGGAGCUUGAACACGCCAGCUUCCGCCUCUUCCACGUCCACAGCGACCCAGCCAAACCUCGCCUCUUUCUGCACAAGAACGUCCUCAACGCCAGCAGUGCUUACACCCUGAGCUGGGUGAACACGGAGUGGAAGCCUUGAGGGAGGCAAGACUGAAAAAAAAAAGAACUGCUACCUUAGCUGAAACAGCCUCUGAAUAGAAGUUUGUGUAACAUGGAUUUUUAAGUCCGAGCACAGUCUUCCCAUACAGUUGGCUCUUAUCUGGUCUGACCUUCAUGUGAAGCUAUAACCCCUGCUCUUACUUAUCCUCCUGCUCUUCCUCUCCUGGUGUGUAAUAACCUCAGCUGUGUAGAGGAGCAGAGUAAUUGCCUCCAGAGGCUCUCUGGGUUCUACCCUCAUAGUGGCUGUGUUAUUGGCUGCAGGUCAGCCUCUGAGUCAGUCACCCAUGUCAUCAUGGUCCUAUCUGAGCUCGGCCCACAGCCAGAUAUUACAGGACCUUUUUCAUAUUACAAUAGUGUGCACAGGUCCAGGGACCACAGCUCAAUUUAACAUGAUUUAAAGGAUUUAGAUGCAUGAUAUUAAUAAAAAAUUCAGCACCUUUUUUAUGUGAAUGUCCAGUCAUUGAAUAAGAUAUAAUGAGUAAUUGAAACAAUUAAUUCCUCAGCGUGUGCUAUAUAGUCAAAUACUCACAGAUAGCAGUAGAACUUGUUUCUGUAUAACAAUAAAGCUAAUGCUAGCUGAGCAUGUGAUGUAGUAUAAAAUUCAGCAAAAGAAACAAACGGUUACCGACAUCCAACUUCCUACUCUCAUUAUUUAGUUGGUUUCAAUUGAGGCUUAACAUUCACACUUUCAUAUUGUUUCAUAUCAUUGGACCGUAUUUACCAUCAACACUGUUUGGACAUACACAAUAUGUGCUGAAUUUUCCUUUUAAAAGGGGGAAGGCAGAUGAGAGAUCCUGCCUCACUGCCAGUAAGUGAAUAUUUGCAGGAGGCCAUCAAAGCUGCUUACACAUAAAGACAAAAAGAACAAGCAGAGGAAUGUGGAUAAUAAAGGUGAAGAGAUGAGAUCGGCUCCGGAGGCGGAAGAAGAUGUGGGUGAACAGACGCUUCCCUGCAGUUGAACCCCGAUAUGACACUCUAUAGAACACAAAACGCGUCAAUUAUGUGAAGCACGUCGACAGUGAUGUCUCCAGAUUUGUUCUCCGUUUGUUGGAAAUUUGAAUGGGGAUGCGUGGGCGAGUGUGUGAGGAAAAAGAAUUUAAAGAAAAAAAAGAAAAGCUGAACUCCAAUUGUUUGGGGGUUUUUUUUGCAUAUUGCAGGUUUGUGGGUUAGAAUAGAAAACAACAAUUGAGAUCCACA